AUGACUAAUAUACAACCUCCUGAACCAUUUGAUUUUACUGAAAAACGUGAUGCAACAGAAAACUGGAAGUUAUUCAAAUGCCAAUGGAAGAAUUAUGUUACUUUGGCAGAAGCUUUCAGCUCAAAGUCAACAAACUUGUCGAAUAAGAAGAUUCGGCUUGCGCUAUUCCUUUCAGUAAUAGGAGGUAAGGCUGUAAGAUUAAUAAACAAGCUCUUCAAUGAACCAUCUGAUGUGGAUGAAAUUAUCUCAAGACUUGAUGAAUAUUUUCAGGAAGCAAAGAAUGUUACUUACGAACGAUACAAUUUCAAUAGUGCCAAACAAGAUGCUCAAGAAUCAUGCAAGGAUUACAUUAACCGACUUCAUGAACUUGUUGGUAAAUGUGAUUUUGAAGCCUUGGCUAAUCUUUCAAAAAAGGAGAUUGAGGAGCAGCUGAUCUGCGAUCGUUUGGUCGCUGGGAUCGCUAAUGUUCGGUUACGGAAACGGUUAUUGACUAAAUCAGAUUUGAGCUUAAACAAAGCCACACAGUUGUGUAUUGCUGAUGAGCACUCGGAGAGCUUAGCAUUGAAAAUUAAUUCUAGGAACACAGAAGAAGAUUUAGAGGAGAAUAAAGACAAUAGUUUUAGAGUUGAAAGAGACACUAACAUGCGGACUUGCAAAUUUUGUGGCAAGAAUCAUAUUUGGGGUGCCAAGAACUGUGCUGCAUAUGGAAAAGUCUGUAGUAAGUGUAAACAAAAGAAUCAUUUUGCAAAUGUAUGCAAGCAAAAUAUACGCAAGGUUUGUCAUGUUGAAGCGGCUAGUAGACCCAAGGAUGACACAUCCGCAUAUGAAGAUCGUUCGAACUCGGAUGAUGACAUAUACCAUGUCAAAGAAGAAAUACCGAAGAAACGCUUAUUUAUUGAUCUCCCACUCUGCAUGAAAGACAGUGAACCUUUUAUCAAAUGCCAGCUAGACAGUGGAUCAUCAUGCAACGUCAUUGGCUACGAGACGCUAAAGAAGUUAGUGGGAAUCCCAAGAUUGAAGGAGAGCAGUACAAGACUUACUUUCUAUGGUGGUGAAUCUCAGUUUUCCCUUGGAAAAGUCCAGUUGAUUGUUAAGUGGAAAAAUAAGAAACACAAAUUGAUUUUUGAGGUCAUCGAGACACCUCACAAUCCACUACUUGGUGCGCAAGAUUGUAUUAACCUUGGUUUGAUUUUGUUUGAUGAAUUGGUCUAUCAAAUCCAAAGUUGUAAAGUCUCAGAGAAAAUGCUAUCUUCUUUUCCAGAUAUUGGAAAUGGUUUAGGGUGUUUUGAAGGACACUGUGAAUUUAAGCUAGAUACAUCAGUACGUCCGAUUGUCGUUCCUCCACGGCGAUAUCCUGUGGCUCUAAAGAAAGAGAUACAAGAUGAAAUAAAACGUUUGGAAGAUCUGCAAGUGAUAAAAAAAGUGACAGAGCCUACCGAUUGGGUUAGUGCCAUGGUAGUUGUGAAGAAACCAAACAAAUUACGAAUAUGCAUUGAUCCUCAUCAACUCAAUAAAGCAAUAAAACGCCCGAACUACCAAGCACUGACUAUCAAAGAGAUUGCUCCCCAGUUGAGUAAAGCCAAAAUAUUCAGCAAACUAGAUCUCAAAGACGGAUUUUGGCAUGUCAAAUUGACAGAAGAUUCUAGUAAAUUAACAACAUUUUGGACACCGUAUGGAAGAUACCGAUGGUUAAGGCUACCUUUUGGUAUAUUUUCCGCUCCAGAAGAAUUCCAGCGGCGUGUGAAUGAACAGUUUGAAGAUCUGUAA